ACUAUUAUUGUCCUCCCUAUAACCAACUCUCCGGAGGCCGGUUUUAGUCCCAAAAGCUCUCUUCUCUUCACUGUCUCUUUUAUUGCUUUCUCUUUCUCUUCUCUCAUUUUGUCAAACAAACAAACAAACAGACAAACAACCUUCUCAUCUUAUUAGACGACUCAGUCUUUGAACACUACUAUUCAUCUUCAGUUAUAUUGCAUUAUUAAUUGCCUCAUUUAUCUGUUGAAACCAAAGCUUAUUAGCAUAUAUGGUUAUAUUAAACUGUAGGUCCUUAUCUUCAACCUCCACUUAUACCCAGAUCAGAAAUUUCCUUUUUCAAACCCUUAGAUUUCAGUUUCACAUUCUUUCUUGUCCAUUAAAAGCAUUUUCUUCAAUUUCUAAUACAUUGUUUCCAUUUUCAUGGUGUACAUAGUCUUGGUUAGAUUUUCUUUCAUCUGGAUAACUAUUCUUGACAUGAUUAAAAAUUUCUUUCUCUUUUAUUUUAAUUCUUGUAAUUAAUUUUAUUAUUAGAGUUUUAAAAUGUUUUUCUUGUUUUCUUGAGUAUCUGUCAAUACAUUAUUAGUUUUCUUGGUUUCUUGAAAAUUUUUCUCAAGAAAUUAACUACGAGAGCUUGAAUGUUUUCUUGAAAAGUUUUCAAGAAAUUGUUAGAGUUUUGAGAGUUUUUUUCUCCUCCCAAGAAUUCGGUGCUUUCUUGAAGGGUUAUCAAGAAACUAUUAGAGUUUGAUUGUUUUUCCAAUUUUCUUGAAAAUUUUUCUAGAAAUGGCAGUAGAACUCUGUUCAGAUAAUAAUUCUACUGGAAUUAGUCCAAGAAUUUCAUUUUCUCAUGAUUUAUGCUUAUCAGACAUUGUUCCUGUAGAACGACACCCUCUACGAUCAAACUCAUCAUUAGGAAGCAUUGAUUUCGAUUUCUGUGUUCGUAAAAGCUUUGAUCAAGAAUCAUCUUCAGCAGACGAGCUUUUCUCUAAUGGAAAGAUUCUUGCAACAGAAAUCAAGAAAAAGACCAAACAAAACAAUCUUCCCUCACACCAUCCACACCCCGAAGGCGAAGAAACUUCAAGUAAUGAUAAUAACAACAGUUUAAAGAAAGAAAAGAAAGUUGGAAGUGAAGAAGGAGAAGAGAAUAUUAUUAAGCAAAGCAAUAGUAGUAGUAAUAAUAAUUCAAAGUCAUUUUGGCGGUUUAAAAGAAGUAGUAGUUUGAAUUGUGUAAGUGGUUAUGGAAGAAGUUUAUGUCCUUUGCCACUAUUAUCAAGAAGUAAUUCUACAGGGUCUACUGCACCUACUGGUGUCAAAAGGGUACCAUUAUCGAAGGACAAUUCUUCUAAUCACAAGCACAAUAAACAAGCAUUAUUCUUGAAGCCACAGUCAUCAUCAACCAGUCAUCAAAAGCCUCCAUUGAAGAAGAAUUAUGGAUCUUAUGGCAAUGGAAGUGUUCGUGUUAAUCCUGUGUUGAAUGUUAAUCCUGUGCUGAAUGUUCCAUCUGGGAAUUUAUUUGGGUUAGGUUCAAUCUUUGGGAAAGAGAAGAACCACAAGAAGAAGUGAUUGAAUAAUCAUUUGCUCUAGUAAAAGAAAAAUUAGGUCUUCAAUUUGCAGAUUUAAAUUUAUUAGCCUAAAUUUGAUUAUUUGUGGGUUUCUUUAAUUACUUUUAAGAAGUUUUGUUAAUUUUCUUGAUUUUAUUAUUUACCCUACAUGAGUUAUACUGAGGAGGGAAAAAAGAAAGUAAAGAGAAAGAGUGAGUUUGAAGACAAAGAGACAUUGAAAGGUGGAUAGAUGAAUGGAUGGAGGGACCUGGCGAUAAUAUAAUUUCAAGGCACAUGCUUUGAAGCACAAAAUGACAGGUAACAAUUGCUUUCAAGGUUGUCUUUUUCUGUAUCUUUGCCUUUCGAUGAUAUAUGUAUCUUAAUUAAUUUUCUCACACAUGGUGAUAUAUAUAUCUGGUGUACAUAAUUUUGAUUUUCUUUUUUCUCAGUGUUUCACUUUAUACAAUCUUAAAAAGAUUGAGGGUAUUGGCUAAUACGUGGGAUGUUUCGCUAUUUUCUCUGAUUUGGAUUGAAUAUGAUUUGAUAGAUGUUUUAUAUA